AACAAAAAUAUUAAAAUACAGAAUUGGCUGAUUAUUAAAACCGAUUAAUCGGGGGAAAUGGCCGAUUACCGAUUACUUACCGAUUAAUCAGUGCAUCCUUAGUAAUCAUUAUAUUAAUAUCCUAAGGAGACUGUCUGUCUGUCGCAGCAUCAACCUUUGAACGAAGUGUCUAAUUACUUGUUUAAGCUGGCACGUGUUUGUUAAGCCUCGUUUCCUUCAUUGGCUUAAUUAUCUGCUGCCACAUGUUUUAUGUGGUUUACUUCAUGUUUAUACACCCAUCGUGAUGCACUUAAGAGACAGGAAUACAGACACUUACUCUGAAUACUUUAUUUGGGGUCCUAUUUGGACUGGGCAAUCUCCACUCUUAUACAUUAGUCAGGUCCCUCUCACUCUGGUGUUGCCAGAUCUUCCCGUAACAGAAGUGUUUCACAAUUGCAUGAAAUCUAACCAAAAAUGCUAUAAUUCAGGCUCCAUCUUAGGUUUUACUGUAUAAAUUUUGUCUGUUUGAACAAUUAAAUCAUUUUGAAAAUAUUAAAAUUUAUAUAUAAAUGUUUGAAUAUUUUGAAAAUAAUCAUUAUUAUUUUGUAGGUGAACUUGGCUGGGAGCUUUAUCAUAAGAAAGAAGAUACUAGCAAAUUAUAUUCUGCUUUAUUGGAAGCAGGGAAACAACAUGGAAUAGGAAAUUUUGGAACAUAUGCUCUAAAUUCCUUAAGGUUAGAAAAAGGCUUUAGAAUGUGGGGAGCUGAGAUGAAUAUGGAUUGCAAUCCUUAUGAAGCGGGACUGGACUUCUUUAUUAAACCACAUAAGUCGUCCGAUUUUGUCGGUAAAAGGUCUCUACACAAAAUUAUGAGUAACGGUUUAACAAGAAAACUUGCUCUUCUAAAAAUCGAUACCGAAGAUGUAGAUCCGGAAGGAAAUGAAUCAGUUUGGUUUUGUGGAAAGAUAAUUGGAAAUACUACUUCUGGAGCAUUUGGUUAUCAAAUCAAUCAUGGUAUUGCUUUUGCUUAUCUUCCAAUUUACCUCAAUAUGCCUGGAGCAGAAGUCCAAGUGGAACUUCUUGGAAAAUUAACUAAUGCCACCGUUCUUUCGGGUCCACCAGUUCAAAUAGAAGCUCUUAGAAACAAGAAACAAAAAAAAACUAGCAUUUAGGUUAACAUUUUUUAAGCUGAUUAUUUUUUAAUUAUAUUAUAUUAUAUACACAAAUAAUUUAAAUUAGCUAAUAAAGUGCAGAUUAAAGCAUCUAAAAUUAUUGUAAUAUAUGAAAAUUUGUGAACUUAUACAGUAGUUAGUUGAUUGCUCAUUUUCUCAUAAAAAUAAUCUUUAAGCACAUUCAAUAACAAUUUAAGUGCUUCUAUCAAAUUCCUCCUCUUCAUGCACUUUGCUUUCUCAAUUUCUAUUUUUUUAUAAUAUAAAAGAAAUAUUUGUCUAACUUACAUUAAAAAAAUGCUUUGAUUCUGUACUAUUCACACAUCAAUCAGAUUAAUUAAUUAAUCAAUAAAAAAGACUAAAAAUU